UCACCUCAAGACCCGCCCUGACAAAAAUGUGCUUCUUAUCCCUGCUGAGCACGUGCUUCGCAUGACGGAGUGGACUCGACCUGCUCAAGACGCUCCGGCUGCUGGGGAUCACAGUGCUUUUGCUUUCAGCAAAUAGGAUGCAAAUUCAUAUGGGAACCAGGAUUAAUAUCUCGGGAGGCGUGGCUUGGCUCCUGUCAUCACUUCCAGGUGUGUGAGCCCCACCUAUAGUCUCAGGGAGGGACUCCGAGAGAGCAGGAGGCGUCUGGAAGGAGAGGAUGAGCGGGGCUGCAGGUUUCUGAGCUUCGCUGGCGUCGAUGCAAAGGGGGGGAAAACGAUCCUGUUCAGACCUCAACUCGUCCUCUUCAUGUUACUUCAAUAUCGCCAAGACAUGGGCUCACCAUCAGGAUAGGAGGUGCCAAAUACCAACUGCCAACAAGUGAGCCGACACGAGCCAAGACUUCUGAAAGUGAAAUCUGCACCUCGACGUGUUUGUUCUCAAAUCCCACAGAGUGAGGGAGCAAAGACUUGCUGCAUCAGAAGACUUUUUUUCUUUUUGUUGUGGAAAGGACUGAAUCAUCAUGUGGACCACCAAAGUCAAAAUGGCCUUUGAAUUCAAGAACUUCUUCAUGCCCCUCCUCUUCUUCUUCUAUGCGCCUCUCACCUGCCUGUGCCAGUCAACCAACAGCAGUUCAGUCACGCCGACCGCUCCCUCGAACGACUCUCUGUUUGGCGUGAGAGGCUGCGGCCCAGGGCUGCACCCCAUGUACCGGUACCUGUGCGACCGCCGGGCGGUGUGGGGCAUCGUGUUGGAGACUCUGGCCACCGCCGGCUUCCUGCUGAGCAUCGCGUUGCUCUUCGGGCUGCUGCUGUGGUCCCUGUGCAUAUGCGUCGCCACCCGGAACCAGCGCAACAGCAUCGGCGGCGUGGUGACCUCCAUGGCCAUGUUUCUGCUGGCCACCGCCGGGAUCUUCGCCCUCACCUUCGCCUUCAUCAUCCGCCUCACCUCUCAGACCUGCCCCACCAGGCUCUUCCUCUUCGGCGUGCUCUUCGCCCUGGCCUUCUCCUGCCUGCUGGCCCGCAGCCUGGCUCUGCUGGGCUUCGCGGCCGCCCGGGGCUGGGGGGAGCCCGCCAUGGCCCUGGGGCUCUUUGUAGUGCAGGUCAUCAUCGCGACUCAGUGGCUGAUCGUCGUGUUGGUCCGAGAUAAGAAGCCCUGCGAGUACAGCCAGAAGGAGUUCGUCAUGCUGCUGAUCUACGUGAUGUGCAUCCUGGCCGUCGGCUUGAUCCUGUCGCUGCACUACAUGUGCCGAUCCUGCUGCACGUACAGCUACAGCUACACGGCACCCUCCAACCACCUGGGGAAGACGCACGGCGGACUGCUCGUCUUCACGCUCCUGCUCUCUGUCUGCAUAUGGGUGGUCUGGAUCACCAUGCUCGUCAAGGGAAACCCGGACUUGGACCGAAGGCCGAAAUGGGACGACCCGGUGCUCAGCAUCGCCUUGGUAGCCAAUGGCUGGGUGCUCCUGUUGGGCCACGGGCUGUCCCAGGUCGCCUUGUUCUGCAGGGGGGAGGCCUUAUCCAAAGAUCUCCCUCUGAGCUUCGCAGGCUGGACCAGCCCCAGCGCCGACAUCCCGGGACUCGCCAGCCCCAAGGAAGGCAGGGAAAACGGGAGCUAUGAGAAUGACGGCUCGAGACCCGACCAGGCACUGCGCUCCCCCUACGAGUCUGAAUUCUCCAUGCGGGAAAUCGACACUGCGAAGGACUACAGCAUUCCUCGCCCCAAGACCACCAACUACCAAGAGCCAUACGACGAGUAUUAUGGAGAUGAAUAGAAUCCCAAUUUGCGUUCACCGUAUGGCUUUUUCUGUGAGGACAUUCAGUCUGGAUCCUGCAGGGCUGCAGUCCUUCAUGACUCUGACAUCUCGCUGCUCAAACACACAUUGACCUUAACAAUGUCCCAUUCUGUAGAUUUAAAUGUUUGAGACAUUUAAAACAUACAGGAAAGUGUCACCUCGGGAUCAGGUCACCUCCAGCAAACACUAACCUUCUAAUUGAACCUGAUGCUGAGAUUAAAUCCUCAGGUGUUGGACAAUUCCAACAUUGUUCACCUCCAAAGUGUCAUAACUUCCAGUCCAUAUUCUCCCAGGACUUCGCAGUUUUGGAGCAAACCAACCUGAUCCUCUAUCCUAUAAUGUCCGUGUACUCGGCAUCGUUAAUGUUUAUAACAUACUGUUCUCUGUGCCUGUGUGUGGUUUCAUUAACAUCCGCAUCCACUAGUGGCCUAACAUGAAAACGUUUCCCAAACGUAGCCAAGAAAACACGAAAUGAAAACCCAAAAAUAAUGAGUUUUCAUUUAAAACAUUGGGGCAUCAACAGGGCCUUAGUCUUCAUACUCUAAUUGGAGAUGGAGCUCUCCAGUCUCAUGCAUGAUGUGAGAAACAAUAAGUUUCUGCUUUAAAGUGUAAGUCUUCAUGAAUAAAAAUGCAACCAAAAAAAAAAAAAAAUUCAACUGGUAAGACUCCCAUCAACCCCUACUGGAGGUAUGAAUCCGACAAGAACAUGUUACAAACAUAAAACAGCACAUUCUGAACAUUUCAUUGAUUGCUGAAAGCAUUUGAAAAAUUGCACUCAUGGA